ACCAACCAACCAACCAACCAACCAACCAACCAACCAACCGACCAAACCAUGUCAAAAGUAGUGGUAUCGUUUCGAGGGCAAAAGGCAGAAUUUGAUCUUGUAGAAGGCCUUACAGGAGGGACCAUCAAACAGAGUCUCAUUGCCAUUGCCUCCGACAACAAUGAUUCGGAACUCCAACCAGCCGACAUCAAAUUGUUGUUCAAAGGCAAGAACUUGGAACACGACAACCAAGAUAUGGUGCAACUAUUGAAACCAGCAGGCAAGAAGAGUUACAAGAUUAUGGCCAUGGGACGAUCCAGCAAUGAGGUACACGCCAUACAGGAAGAACACGAAGACGCCAAACAACGGGCUCCCCGCAUCCGAGAUGACUUGACCCCCGGCGGACAGCGAGAAGCCGAGAGACGCAAACAGUUGGGACGACAAAUGAUAAUGGCAGCCGCAUCCCGCAAAGCAACAACCAGCACUGCCUAUGGAUUUGGCCGUAUUGAGACACUGCCCAAUCUGCCGCAUCGUGACCAGGCACACAAAAUCCUGUCGGAAUUGGCCAAUGAUCCAGGUGUCCUGGCGUGCAUGAAGAAGCACAAUUGGCACGUUGGAUCCUUGGCGGAACUUUACCCCAAAGGCAAUGUCGGUCAAUCCGCCGUGUGUGUCAUGGGACUCAACAAAAACAAGGGACAGCAAAUUUUGUUGCGGAUUCGCACCGAUGACUUGACCGGGUUUCGCAAAAUCUUGUCGAUCCGCAAAGUAUUGUAUCAUGAACUCGCACACAAUGUGCACUCGGAACACGAUGGCAAGUUCUUUCAAUUGAUGCGACAAAUUGAAAAGGAAUGUACCGAAAUGGAUUGGACACAAGGGGAGGGACUUUCGGCGGCAGAGGGUGGUGAUGCGGACAAUGCCUUUACCGGAGGGACCUAUCGGCUUGGAGGAGGAGGAGGGGUUGAGACGACUAAGAAUGGCAUAUCUGCCCGAGAAAUGCGAGCUCAGGCGGCUCUGAGCCGCAUGACAGCGGAAGAACAGGAAAUCCAACAAAAUUGUGGAUGUGGAAGAGAAGCCUCCUUCCUUCCAAGCUCUUUGCUGGAGCCGUCGUCAACUAGUGAUCACUCUACGGAUGGCAAUAGUGAUGUGAAGGAUAUGGAGAUGUCAUGAUGAAAGUUGUGGUGGUUAGAGGUGGAAGAAAGAAAGCAGUACGCUACUUGUAGGAUAUCCAUCUUUUAGAUGUACUGAUAUUUUUGUAAGG